AUGGCACACUGGGAGCUCCGAUACCACAACAGCUUCAUCGAUGUGGAGGAGGUCAGUGGGACACCCCGCUCGACGGAUGGCGUGCGAGGCUCCAAGCUCCGGGCACGGAGCCAUCCACCCAUGCGAACACCGCAAGAGUGGUUCGAGUGCCCGGAGGAAGAGGAACACCGGAUCUAUGUGAAUGACCUUUCACAGAAGGUGGAAGCUCUGACAUCUCUGGAAGCUCCGGAUCGAUGCACGGGAGCCGUGGUGGAGCCCUUGCCCGGCUCCGGUGCCUCCGUCGGAAGGGGACGAGCCGCUGGUGGAGCUGGCGGCGAAGAGGAAGACCAGGUGUCCAUCUGUGGCGAAGACCAAGUGUCGAGAGGUCCAAAGGUUUUAAACCUUGGAAGUGGUGGACAUCCAGAGCUGUGCCGUCGUCCCUGCCUGCAUUUUGCUAGGGGCAGUUGUGCCAAUGGCAUGGAGUGCAACUUUUGCCACCUGGAGCACAAUGAUAGGGAGGCCAAGCUCGACAAGAAGCAACGGGGCAUCAUGCAAAAUCUCAGCAUCAGGGAAUGCUCUGCCCUCAUCUUCCACCUUGUCGAGCAAAAGGUCUCCGCAACCAGUGCGGAGAAAAGUGGACAAGAGCUGAUCGAGUUAGUUCGAACAGAAGCGGCCGGUGCUGACUUAUCCUUCAUUCCUCAACGGGACGUGCGCAAGUUGAAGAAGACCUUGGCGCGGCAAAGUCUUCAUAGCCUGAUCAGUGUGUUGGGUAAAGCUGCCUCGUCGCAUGGAGCCUCCAGCACUGAACGAAUCUUCUCCACCACCGAGAGAUUUCGUGAUAUGCUCCUUUCAAAGGCUCCCUGA